AUGCCGAAGGACGCCCAGAGAGUUGAGGAACUCGACUUUAACAAACUCAAGCGCCCGAUUACCGCGGAGGAUCUUCUAGAGGGGAUGCGCCACAUGGGUUUCCAGGCAACUUCCAUCGCCGAGGCCGUGCGCAUCAUCAAUGACAUGAGAGCCUGGAGAGAUCCUGAAACCGGGGAGAAGACAACCAUAUUUCUUGGAUAUACCUCAAACCUAAUCUCUUCGGGAAUGCGAGCGGUUUUACGAUGGCUGGUUGAGCACAAGCAUGUUUCAUGCAUCGUCACUUCCGCUGGAGGAGUGGAGGAGGACUUCAUCAAAUGCCUUGGGGAUACGUACAUGUCCUCUUUUAGCGAAAGGGGUGCGGAGUUACGAGCCAAGGGGCUAAACAGGAUCGGUAAUUUGAUUGUUCCCAACUCAAACUAUUGCGCCUUUGAGGAUUGGGUGGUUCCUAUCUUGGAUAAGAUGCUCGAAGAGCAGGAGGAAACCAAGAACUCGGAAGAGCCGGUAAAAUGGACGCCCUCCAAAGUUAUCCAUCGACUGGGCAAGGAGAUCAACGACGAACGAUCCGUCUACUACUGGGCAUACAAGAACGACAUUCCCGUCUUCUGCCCCGCCCUGACAGACGGAAGUCUGGGAGACAUGCUCUACUUUCACACAUUCAAAGCCUCGCCCCUCCAGCUCACGAUAGAUAUCGUCCAGGAUAUCCGGGCCAUUAAUACGAUCUCGGUAAGGGCGAAGCGCGCUGGCAUGAUCAUCCUGGGUGGCGGCGUGGUCAAGCAUCACAUUGCCAACGCCUGCCUAAUGCGUAAUGGCGCUGAACAUGCCGUUUACAUAAAUACCGGUCAAGAAUUUGACGGCAGUGAUGCCGGUGCCCGCCCCGACGAGGCUGUAUCGUGGGGCAAGAUCAAGGUCGGUGCAGACCACGUCAAGGUAUAUGCUGAAGCGACAACAUGUUUCCCGUUCAUCGUGGCCAACACCUUUGCAAAAGACUAG